UGUCUAAAGGACAAAAUGUCUAAAGGACAAAAUGUCAAAACGACAAAAUGCCUAAAGGACAAAAUGCCCAAAAUGUCCAAGUUACUAAUCGCUGGAGAGACAGCCGCCUUUCCUGGUUACCCAAAAUUCACUCAAACAUCACAGAAUUAAUAGUGCCAGCAAAAACAAUUUGGCAACCCAAAAUAUUUGUAUAUAAUUCUAUGGAUACAAAAGAUAUGUUAAAUGAUGAAAAAUAUGAUGCUAGAGUGAAAUAUAAUGGACAAAUAAAGAUCAAUAUUCCGCAGUAUGUUACUUGCACUUGUCGUUUAAACAUUGAACUGUUCCCUUUUGACACUCAAUUUUGUGCGGUAGCAUUAGCUUCGCCUUUAUUGACAGUCGAAGAAAUGGAGGUCCAUACAAGCCAACCACCCUUACAAAGCCAUUUCGCCGGCAAUUCAGAAUGGAAUUUAAUAAAUGUAUCAGUUCGGGAUAUGCAUUAUUUGGAGGAGGGGGAAUACAGAUCUGAGGCAUUUUUUAAUUUUAUUUUUUAA